AUGGUUCGUAAAUGUGGAAUUACAGUUCAUUACUUUUGUAUGCUUUUUUCAAGUGGCCUUUCACAAAGAGGAAAAACUGAGGAAGAUGGCAUAUAUGGGUUUCUACCGAGUGACAUCGGCAAAGAGAAAACUCGUGGAGCUCGGCUGAAAUGCACUUUUUGCCGUAAAAAUGGAGCCACGAUUGGAUGCGUGGUCAAGAAUUGCCGGAAGGUGUUCCAUUUUGGGUGUGGUCAGAAAGCAGGUGCUCUCAACCAGUAUUUUGAUUCCUACAGAUCGUUCUGUACUAGCCACCGUCCAAGGCAAACUUGCCCAGCCUUAGCUGCUGGGCUUUAUUUCUUUAAAUGUCCUCUUUGUUGUAACAAAGAAAUAUUUCAGGCAGAAAUGUUACAAGUUGGAAUUUACAUUCCUGAACAAGAUGCAGCUUGGGAAAUGGAACCCCAUGCCUACCAGGAACUUCUUGAACCAUACAACCACUGUGACAUGGACGCUUGUCUGUGUCCACGUGGACGUAAAUACAACCGUGAUGACAGUAAAUGGGAGAUUGUUGUAUGCCACUGGUGUGGCUCUCAGGGCAGCCAUAUUGGCUGUUUUUCAAGAAAGAACACUCCCACUUCGAGUUCAGGUUCUCGGCGUGUUCGCUGGUCAUGUCAGUCAUGUGCCCUUAUUGACGAUGAAUUAAGGAAAGAACGCAGGAAGAAGAAAGCUUCAUGCUCACCUGUCAAUCAGGAUUCAGUUGAGCUGCCUUCUGGUAAAUCUCUGACACAGAGUGAACAUGUUGGCAGAAAGCUACCAGUGAAACGGUCCAAUACUUUGCAGUCUUCAUCAGUGUCCACUGAACAGAAUGAUGGUGAAAGCAGCACAAGUAGCCCCUCAGAUUUAUCAGGAAACCAGUCUGCAAGUACACUCACUCCAAGAAUUCGCCGAAACAGGAAGCAGAAAAGAAACUUAUGGAAAAGAGGCCUACUGUUGCGCAGCACAGCUAAGAAGCGCAAAGUUAUCAGUGCUACUGUAACCCAGGCUGAAGCCACUCUGGCUGCAAAUGAAAGUUGCCUUGAUGAACAAAGCCCUUCACAAGAAGUCAAUGCAGAAAAUGUCAAUCCUAGUGUGAGUCUGUCACAGAUCCUGAUUCAUAGGCAAGCUCACUUUCAUCAUCAUCAUCAGUCUGGAUCAGCAUUCAGAUGUUUCUUUUGUCUCAUUGGUAUUAUUGAAUCCUAG